AUGGAGGUAUGGAAUCCUGCAACAAAAAAAAUCCGUUUGGGUAUGUUCUUCAAGUCCAAACAGGAGGUAGACUUUGCAAUUCGCGAAUGGAACAUUCGUCGUGGCCGUGAAAUUUUUGUUAUUGAUAGUAAACCAGCGUUAUUCAAGGUAAAAUGCUACACGAGAAACAAACAUUACAAAAAUCCUUUUCCGGGUCCUGCUCCGUUGUGUGACUGGCGCGCCACAGUAUCCAAAAAAAUGAACCAACAUAUGUGGCAAAUUACCAACUGGGCUCCAGCCCACACGUGCUACUCAACGGUAGUACGAAACAACAACAGGUGCCUGAGAUCAAAAGAUAUUGGUUCACACAUCCUACCACAGAUUCGUGCCGACAUUGGAUUCAAGGUAAAACAUAUUAGGGUCCACAUCAAGCAAACGCUUUCCGUGGACAUUACGUAUACAAAGGCGUGGCGUGGUAGAAGAAAGGCCAUCGAGAAAAUAUAUGGCAGUUGGGAUAGCAAUUUUGCCGAGGUACCCAAGUACAUUCUACGGCUACAGUCUCAGAACCUCGGUACUGUUGUCACAUGGUUUCAUCAUCCUAAUUCUAAUCCAGAUUAUCCGACAUUCAAAUAUGUUUUCUGGGCAUUCGGGCCUUAUAUUAGUGCCUUUCAUCUUUGCCAACCAGUAAUCUCAGUUGAUGGCACACAUUUGAAAGGGCCAUACCGAGGAAAGUUGUUGAUUGUUGUUACCAAAAACGCAAACAACUACAUAAUGCCCAUUGCUUAUGCUCUUGUUGAUGAAGAGACUGUUCAUAGUUGGUGUUGGUUUUUCCAAAAUCUGAAACAGUAUGUCGUCCAGACCAGAAAAAUAUGUGUUAUAUCCGACCGUCAUGCUGGAAUCAUUCAUGCAAUGGAAAACCUCGAAGAUUGGAUGGAACCAAGGGCCUACCACCGUUAUUGUCUUCGUCAUGUGAGAAGCAAUUUUAGUAGCAGAUUCUCGAUGAAAUACCUAAGAAAGUUGUGCUGGAUGAUUGGGAGCACAACCCAAUCACAAAAGUAUCGUUGGGCUGUGCGAGAAAUGCAGAUGUAUAAACGGGAAGCAUCGGACUACCUGAACAACAUAGACAAAAGUAAGUGGACGUUACGGCAUGACCAUAGGCAUCGUCAUUGGGGAAACCUAACGACCAACAUUUCUGAGUCUAUGAAUAGUGUGUUACGUCAGGCAAGACUGCUGCCUAUAAAAGCGUUGAUUCAUUUCACGUUUACGAAAGACGUAUCAGAGUAUGUUAGGCACACGCAGCUUGCAGCCCGUUGCAACUCCCCUUUACCCCCGCGUAUAUGGUCAAGGUUUAACAAACUGUACUUUGUAGCUAUGCAACACGAGGUGUCCAUGUAUGAUGCCAUAGAUGCACGCUAUAGUGUGGUUUCAAAGACUGAAACCAACGAUCGCGGUGGUAAUGAGUACACCGUUGAGUACAAUAAAAGGAGUUGCUCAUGUGGGAAAUGGCAAAUGCUUAGAUUUCCAUGUUCCCAUGCCAUUGCAGUUUGUUAUUGGAGGGGUGAGGAACCGCACAACGUUACACAUUCUAUAUUCCAUACAACCACUUAUCGACAACAGUAUAGUGGACACUUUUACAACUUAGGGCACAAGGACGAAUGGGCGGAACCCGACUGGAGAAUUAAGGGGGACCCGUCGAGGGUUACAACUCAUCGAGGUAGGAUGCGUUCAAGGAGAAUUCAGAAUGAGAUGGAUAUUAACUAUCGCGACGAACCCCAAGCGCGAAGGUGCAGCAAAUGUGGUGCUACGGGUCAUAACAGGAAGACUUGUGGCCAACGCUAA